AGUUAUGAUAAGUCUUUUAAAAUCACUUUUCACUGCGGUCAAGUAAUCAGUAAAACUUUAUAAAAAUGAAAAAAAAAAUUUAGCAGUCUUCGAAAUAAAGUGUGUCUGCAACUAUUUCAAAUUAUGUUCGCUUUAGCCAUCCUAAACUUUUUGAGACUGUACAGUAUGUGAUAGAGACAGCCUACUCCAUUCGCCUGUUUCCUCGCUAUCUCUUUCUGCACGCCCAUCACCAAUGCCGUACGCGUUCCAGGCAUUUACAUUUCAAUGCUCCCUACUCAUCCCUGAUUGGGGUAAUAUUCUGAUCGUGGCCAACAUCCUUUUCGCGGCAAAUUCGAUUGCGUGAAUCUGGCGAGGUGGGUUCCUUAUCCAGCAAAGCUCUGAUAGCACUCGUCGCCUUAUGGGUCAUCACUCGAAAUACAUAUAGUCAGUCCACGAGUUCGGUGUUUUUCAUAAAAUAACGUAAAUAUAUAGUAAAAUAGACAAAUAAAAUAUAGUUAUAUAUUUAUAUUUAGUAAAUAUAAUUCGUAACAAACAUUUUAUGCAAUGACACGAAUGCCUUGAUAGGAAGUUCAUUGUUUUCAAUCUGCCAAAAAACACAGAUCAAACUCAUGGACAGACUAUAGAUUGAAGUAGUACGGCUGAGUUAAUUGUCAUUAUAAACAAUAACAAAAUAGCUACUUGUUAUUGAUUUAAAAGAUCCUGAAUACUCUCAAAGUUUCUACUCAAGCCCGUUAAGUCAGCGCAGUAGUCACUUAAACUGAUGAAUAUGACAUUUCGCAGUUUUGCAAAUUACUUUGUUUCGUACAGUCUCGGAGAUUGAAGAGAGCCUAUCGGUUCAUUUAUGACGAGAAUCAGCUACGGCACUGGAGUCAACUUCAACUGAGUAUUUUAUCGAGACCUCGCAUCAUAGUAUACAUAUACUUUGUGAUACGCCUAUAUCAGCCCAUAGUCUUCGGGGCAGUCCCUAACUGUCUGCAUAGCCAUCCUGCACGGCGUAAUUGCGUUUAGACAUAUACGACUAAAAUAGAAUUCCUGAACUUUACAACGAGUACCUAUGAUUGUUUAAACAAAAUUAAUAAAGUGCUUUUGAUUUUUUUAACGUGCAUUGUGACCAAGACGAACGAAACCAUUAUUUCAAAUAUUAAUAAUUGCUUUUAGAAACUUUUACAUACUACUAAUUUUCCGUCAUUAUGCUCUUUGUUUUGAGAAGUACAAGGAUACAUCAAAUAUACGCUUAAAUUAUAAUACAACGCGUGGAGUUUUCUACCAAAAUGCAUGAAUUGAAACAUUUGAGUUGUCCAUUCACAUGGGAUAUGUCAAGUGUGACUUCUUAUUCAGGAAGAAUAUUAAACCGCGAGAAUGAAAGACUUUCCUAUUGGAUGGACGAAGAUAACAAUGAUUUCAAAAAUAUUUCUAUAAUGAAAUUAAUGUUUUCCUUAAUGACAUCAUAUGAAUACACUGAAGAUGAUAAGUUAGAAGAAGCAAUAAAACAAAUUGAAAUCUCUGAACAAAUUUUUAUUGAACUUGUAAGUGCACCAAAUAAUAUAUCCAUAAAGGCAGUGGAUCAUAUUCUUAAAGGAACAAAAUGCUUUAUACUUGAAAGAAUGAAUAAAUCUUCAGAGAUAACAAGUAUUUUUAAAACUUUUCACCUAUGCCAUCAAGAUACAGUUGAAUUAGGUACUUUAUAUGGAUGCCGAGCUAUAGCAUGGUCAUUUUAUUUUGAUGCUGGAGUUGUUGAAACUAUAAGAAAUUCUGAAAAAGCUAUUAAACUAGACUCAAACAAUGGACUGUGGCAUUUCAUUCUUGGUAAAGGUUUAAGGACAAAAAGAAAAUGUUCUGGUUCUUAUUCAAACCCAAGUGGAAGAGAACAAAUGGCAUUCCACAGUGCAUUUAUGUUACUUUGCAAUGCAUACAUUGGUACAUACCAUGCACAUACACAAUAUGAGUCAAAAAAUUUAGUUGAGGCUAAAAACAUAUAUACUAUGAUACUUUCUAUGAAACCCAGUGAAUAUGAUAUUUAUUUAAAAUUAGCACUUGGGUUCAUUCGUUUGAGAGAAAGUGACAAGGCUGAUGUUUGUCUGAAACAUUUAGAAGAAAAAGUUCCUUCUAAUCCAAAAUAUCUCCACUAUAAAGGACUAUACCUUGAAAAAUGUAAAAAGGAUUCUGAGCACUUUCAAGACUUCAUGUAUAAUCCAAAAACUAACAUCUAUCAUGUAUUGAAAAUGGACAUAAUACCAAAACUGAAAUCAAUUCAAGACCUCAAUGAAUCAACUUUUGAAAUGAUAAAACAGGCAGAAGAAGCUUACAAGGCAUAUCAGACACAUAUCACCGAAGAUGCAAAUGGAAAAAUGACAGAUAACUGA